AUGGUCUUCCUCACCUCACCCGUCUCUCCCCGUCCUAGGGGCAUGGUUGUCAAAUUGCGAAUGUACAUUGACAUCAAGAAGAGUCUGCAUCUUUUCGACUCGGGCUUUACAAUUGCUCAAUCAAAAGGAAAGUUGAUCAAGAUGAAUGUCCCAACCGCGUUGCGUUGCAUGAAAGUGCACGGACAGCUAUCCAAGGUCGAGUUCCUCAUCGAUAGCCUCGCAGCCACGGCUGAGAUGGAGCAGUGUAUUCCAGAGAAUUACCUCCCGAUGGCAGAGAUCCAGCUUGGCAGCCGGGGAUCUAUACCGAUUUCAGACGAUUGCAUGGUAUCCUCGAGUGCAGGUGUACGAUCCGAUGUCAAACAGGCGGAGACUGUUAUAGCGCCUGCCUUCCUUGCCUGUCGGGCAUGGCAAUCUGGAAUAUUACCGUUGCUUGAAGAUGGCACGUUCCAACAAAGUGCAUCACUGGGCUUGGUGCUCAACCGUCAAUUUUCCCACCAGGAGCGGAUUGACGGGGACGACAAUGAACAUUCGAUUCUGCGUAUUGAUGCAGCCAGCCUCAUGCGGUAUUGGCUUGGUGGUACGAUAGUCGAGCUGCUAGACGGAAUAGGGCAGUCGUCGUCUUGGGUCGAUCCUUUUACACUCUGUCCUCGACAUGUUGAGGCUCUCGACGGUUCGAAUAUCAACAUGGCCAGCGAGUUCCUGUCGCACGAGAAUGUCGCAGUUGAUUCGAUCGAGGGCGAGAACGAUAUGUCCCCGUCACCUAUCAAGAUCCUCGAAAGCUCGUUGGAACCUGCCUUGACAGAUGAUGAGGACGGAGGAGAAGAGUCGCAGAGUCUUCUCAAUCCGCAGAACCUGCUAGUUGACGCGCGAAUGGAGCACAGUGCCAGUCACGAUGAUCAGGAAGCGCCCAAGAGGUAUGACACACCUUCCGAGGACGGAAACGCGAGUGACGAAGGGGAGAUGCGAAUCUUCCACCAGAGUUUCGGGGUCGGCUCGAUGGCCAUCGAAAAUAGGACCUCCAUUUCUCUCAGCUACUCAAGGUCUUCCACAACCUCAGCACUGGUCACCACCACUUGUGGAAGCAUCAAUCCACCGACCUCGAACUUAGAGCCCGAAGGGCGCGCGACGACUUCACAGAGAUCAAUGUCCUUGGGCGAAGACCUCGAUGUUAACUCAGUUGUCGGGUACUUGACAGACGCCAGCUCUGGGCCAGGUCCGGACGAUGCAGAGUCUCCGGAAACGCCACCGCGACAAGUUACAGCACCGCCCGAAAGAUCCUCACCAGAGAAGAUCAAUGGCCAUGCGAGUCCUAUGAUUCAAAGCUCACCGCUGAAUGAUACCGAUUGCUCCCCAACUGGUGGCGCAAAGAGGAUAAAGGAGGCCAAGCAAACAGGCGAUAUGUCAGAGACGAGUUGUCAGCUUCUGAGCGAAACAUUGGAUGCCAGUUUCAGAGAUGCCAACGAAAUUACUCUGAGUCACCAAAAGACAACUCAGGCGAGUCUUGCGCAAGAGGCAACGAGAGAUCUGCUCAAAGGACUCUCCGUGUUAGACAUAGCGGAAUCUGAAAACGCUGUUGAGCACAGAGACACAACUUCUCCUCGGCUGGGUAGAGAGAUCGAUUCGGACACUGCGGCCAGACUGGCGACAGCUGCCACGAUAGCGGCCAGUAGGGCAGCCAGGAGAGAGGCAAAGAAAGCCGCAAAAAAGGAGAAGAAGAGGAGGAAGCGAGAAGCGAAGUUGAGAGCGGAGGUAGACGGCGUUCAUGCAGACACCGCCAACGCAGUCUCUCAGGCGCCAGAACAGACUGUCCUCAGGACAGAAUCCGAGGGACUCCCGCCUCAACCUACCCUUUCAGUGCCAAAUGUCAAUUCCGAAGACGGCCAGGGUACAUAUCGGUGCUAUGCGCUCACCAAGUCCCAAAGCAAACGGGCAAAGGCGGCCACUCCUCCAGCCACACCAAACAAGCACUCCUCUAAGAAGCGCAAGGGACCGCCGCCGCAGGGCGACGCGUCUGCUUCACCUCGGCAUUCGAAACGCAGUCGCAGGCGCGCACGCGAGCUCAAGGAGAAGCAGCUGGGGUUGCUGAAAAAUUUGGAGGCUGCAGCGUGGGAUAGAGAGCAGACGCUGACCAAUAAGAAUCGCACCGUGAUACACCUUUACAACUCGAUCGUGGGUGACUCAUGGGUAUUGUAUUUGCACCUGUCUAUCACUGUUGAGGAGGAUGAGCUCGUGUACGAUGCAAUUGACCCGAGGCCCCUGUCAGUCGACACCUUCCACCCGCUCAAGUUGCGACGGCAUUUAUUGCCGACUUCCACAAUGCGCAAUGAUGAGAAUGUCUCGUAG